CUUUUUCUUUAUAAGUAAACGGGACGGCAUGUACUGAACAAAAGAGCUUUUGUUGAUGUUCCUACUCCCGCAAUCCACAUAUUAUACAUCACCAUGUUGUUCCAGAACAUUAUCUUUUUCAUCAUGCCUUUGAUGGCGGUCGCAGCGUGUGGCAAGUGUGGAAGUGGCGAGUGCUGUGUCACGAGUGUCAAGGGCGAAGAGUCCUGCGAGGCUCUCGGUAAGCUUGACGGUUUCUGCAAUGAUGCCAAGUUGAGAAGCGGCAACUCGUAUUGGCACUGUGACUGCGCUGCAGGCUUGAAGUGCUACGGCGGCACAUGCAACAAGGCCUAAGUGCAUCGCCACUGGUAGAUUUAUAAUACAAACAAAAUAUACAUCCACUAACUUGCCGCAAAAGAUUCACUAUGUAAUUGAAGUGUCCGUAAAAAAGACUGUUCUUAGCUUGGCCGUUUACCAGAGCGUGACGACUGCCUAGUCACACGUCGUGAAUCAUGACCAAUUUAGACCAGCGUCGGUUCCGAGUAGGCAAACAACUUCA